GGAUAGUUGGGAACGAUAAGAGACCAAGGGGAGUGAGCGGCGCGCUGUGUGACGUCACUGGUGCUGCCAUGGCCGGCGGCAUCCUGUCCUCCAGCAUGGACGAUCUGCUGCCGAGCUCGGUGGACGAGCUGUGCCGUAACCCGCUGCUCUGCCCGCUGUGUAACCAGGUGUACGACGAACCGUGCCUGCUGGUGUGUUUUCACUCGUUCUGCGCCAAGUGUUUGCGGGUGCGUGUGGUGGACGGACGGCUGAGCUGCACCAUCUGCAGUAAGACGACGGUGCUGAAGGACGGCAACAGCUUGCCGCCGGCUGACGUGCUGCUCCGCUUCCUGGUCGAGUUCUCCACCGAGGCGCGCACGCCCUGCGCCAACUGCGAGACCACCGAGAAUAUCAGCAUGUUCUUCUGCAACACCUGCGGCCAGGCGCUGUGUGAGCGCUGCAAGAACGAGACGCACCGCGCCAAGAUGUUCUCCAUGCACGAGGUUAUGACGCUGUCGGAGCGACUGCGCAAGGCCUGCAAGCAGUGUGCGGUGCACAACGAGCCCCACAUCAUGUUCAGCACGGACAAGAAGGAGCUGCUCUGCAUCAACUGCUUCCGCGAGUACAGCGCCGAGUCCAAGCUGCACUGCGUCGACCUGGACACGGCCUACUCGGACAGCGUGCGCCGUCUGGAGCGGACCGUGGGUGGGUAG